GUCCCUCCCACUUUUCCCAAACAAAGCUCCCGGCAACUUUCUCCGCCGCCGCGCCCCGCCCGCCCGCGGCUCCCCAGGCCCAGGCCGGGAGGCCCAGAUGGGGGAACCCCGGGCUGGGGUCCCCCUGGAGGAUGGCAGCGGCUGGACUGGCAGCGAGGAAGGCAGUGAGGAGGGCACGGGUGGCAGCGAGGGGGCCGGGGGCGAUGGCGGCCCAGAUGCAGAGGGUGUCUGGAGCCCCGACAUCGAGCAGAGCUUCCAGGAGGCACUGGCCAUCUACCCGCCCUGCGGCCGCCGGAAAAUCAUCCUGUCUGAUGAAGGCAAGAUGUAUGGUCGGAAUGAACUGAUUGCGCGCUACAUCAAGCUCAGAACUGGGAAGACCCGGACUCGGAAACAGGUCUCUAGUCACAUCCAGGUUUUGGCUCGGAGGAAAUCGAGAGAAAUCCAGUCCAAGCUGAAGGCCCUGAAUGUGGACCAGGUUUCCAAGGACAAGGCUUUCCAGACGAUGGCUACCAUGUCAUCCGCUCAGCUCAUCUCCGCACCUUCCUUGCAGGCCAAACUGGGUCCUGCUGGUCCUCAGGCCACUGAGCUGUUCCAGUUUUGGUCAGGGGGCUCUGGGCCCCCCUGGAAUGUGCCAGAUGUGAAGCCAUUCUCACAGACACAGUUCUCCUUGUCACUGACACCCCCAUCUACUGACCUCCCAGGGUACGAGCCCCCCCAAGCCCUCUCUCCCCUGCCCCCACCUGCCCCAUCACCGCCAGCGUGGCAGAGUCGGGCCCUGGGCACUGCCCGUUUGCAGCUGGUGGAAUUCUCAGCCUUUGUGGAACCGCCAGAUGCAGUUGACUCUUACCAGAGGCACCUGUUCGUCCACAUCAGCCAGCACUGUCCCAGCCCUGGCGCACCCCCGCUGGAGAGCGUGGACGUCCGGCAGAUCUACGACAAAUUUCCCGAGAAAAAGGGUGGUCUUCGGGAGCUGUAUGAUCGCGGGCCCCCCCAUGCCUUUUUCCUGGUCAAGUUCUGGGCUGACCUGAACUGGGGCCCAAGCGGUGAGGAGGCAGGUGCUGGUGGUGGCAGCACUGGCAGCGGUGGCUUCUAUGGAGUGAGCAGCCAGUACGAGAGUCUGGAGCACAUGACCCUCACCUGCUCCUCCAAAGUCUGCUCCUUCGGCAAGCAGGUGGUGGAGAAGGUGGAGACGGAGCGGGCCCAGCUAGAGGAUGGGCGGUUCGUGUAUCGCCUGCUGCGUUCGCCCAUGUGCGAGUACCUGGUGAAUUUCCUGCACAAGCUUCGGCAGCUGCCCGAGCGCUACAUGAUGAACAGCGUCCUGGAGAACUUCACCAUCCUGCAGGUGGUGACGAACAGAGACACCCAGGAACUGCUGCUGUGCACCGCCUACGUCUUCGAGGUCUCCACCAGUGAGCGUGGGGCCCAGCACCAUAUUUACCGCCUGGUCAGGGACUGAAGGGCAACCCAACAACUGGCCUGUCCCCGGAACAUCCUCCUCACAGGAGGACCCUCCAGCUCCCUGUGCUUCUCAUCUGGGGCGGGGGCUGUGGUGGAAAGGGGCUGACCUCAGAGACCUGAGGACAGGGACUGUCCCCUAGCAAGAAGGGAGGCUGGCAGCACAUCAGGGAUGGGGACAGGAGUGAACAACACCCAGGUCCCCCCACUCUUCUGGAUAUUUUGGGGGGCCCUAAUUACACAUUGACUUGUCCCAUUUCCUGCCCCCCAAUAUCUGCCUCUUCCUACCACCCCUCUUUGUGAUCUGUGAUGUCACAAAAUGAAAACCCUUCCUGUGCAGGAGCAGAGCCAGGUAGGCCCUGGAAAUAUUUUUUUUUAAUAUAACGAGAUAUUUAUACGUGGGUGUUAGGGUUGUGACUCUAUCCCAGUGGGGCGAGCAGUGGGGUGAGGCCUUUGAAUCCCACCCCCCCUCCUUGUAUGUGAGCCCCGGACUGGACUGCUGCCUCCCUUUCCCUCCCAAAGCGUGUUGGUUUGUGUUCUGACAGAGGAUAAAGUUAUUUUACCAAAA